UGUGGCUCCACCGAGGUUUCAUUUGCAGUUAGAAUUCGAAUUUGAAUUUAAGUGUACGCGUGUCGUUGGCAGAGUGUGAUCUAACAUCCAGUACAACAGCAGCAACAGCCAGUAAUCCAGCAGAAACAUCCAGCAACCCAGCAGCAACAUGCAACUCCUGCUCGUGGCGGCCUCUUUGGCGAUUUUCGGUCUUGUCAGCGGACAACAGGGCGUGGACCCCGCCUACUUGCGGCAGUACUACCAGCAAUUGCAACACCAGCAGCAGCAACAACAAGCCCAGCCCAACGAUGGCACGCCCAUUUUCGAGCAGAAUUCGGAACAAACGCAGCAGUAUGUCAGUGCCGGCCAGCAGAUCAGGAUCAAGGAUACGGUAGCCGAGCAAAUCCGGAACCAGCAGCAGCAGCAGGGAUAUGUGGCGCCUGCGGUGAGGGAUUACCAGCAAUACCAGGCCCAGCCGCAACAGUCCGCCUACCGCCCACCUGCUCAGGCUGCUCCUCAGCCACCUCGGAGGAUCCAACAGCCCUCGUACCAAGCACCCUCCACUUCGAUCCUCGGAUCCAAGGGACAGCACAAGCUGUCGCUCCAGCAGCAGCAGGAGGAGGAGGAAUACGAUGACCAAAACUCCUCGUACCAGUUUGGAUUUGAUGUGAAGGACGACGAGUUCACUAACUACCAGAACCGCAAGGAGAUCCGCGAUGGUUCGGUGAUCAAGGGCAGCUACUCGGUGGUGGAUUCCGACGGCUUCAUCCGCACCGUCAAGUACACGGCUGACCCCAAGGAGGGAUUCAAGGCCGAGGUCAUCCGCGAGCCCACCGACAUCGUGGUGAAGAUCCCCACUCCCCCGCCGCCGACGCAGCUGCUCCGCGCUGGAGGCCACAAGGCCCAGCAGGAGUACAGCUCCGGUCCCAGCAAGCAGCAGUACCAGCACCAGCAGCAGCAACAGCCGCAGUACCACCAGUACCACCAGUAGGGGACUCGAUCGGACCAGAUCGCUGGCUCUUCUCGAAACACUCUUGAAAGUUCCGCAAGUCCAUGUAGUUUGUAAAUAUGCCGAGACUCGAUUGGCACGAGAUUAUAACAUUAUUCUAUUUUAUGUCAUUCAUUUAGGUUCGACUUUCUUGUUUAGAAUA